AUGAAAGAUGAACUCGUAAUUAAAAACUGUAAAAUUAUUACUUUACUGCACAGUCCCGUAUGUGUGAUAACACAACUAUUAAAAAAGUGUUUUGGUGUUUUUCUUUCACAAUUGUCAUUCUACAGAGGUUCAAGUGUCCUAGAAAACAUUGAAGCAAUGUUCUGCGUCUCGGAUAAUGUCAUGAGUCUUGACUAA